GCACGUAGCGUAGAUCGACAAACUUCGUUUUAAAUCGCAAUGGCUACGCCGAAACCAGAAAAAGAACUGCAUUUACCUUUAUCUAGAGUGAAAACUAUCAUGAAAAGCUCCCCAGACGUGGAUGCAGUCGGACCGGAGCCCUUGUAUUUGGUCACUAAAGUCACAGAACUGUUUGUCACAGAUCUUGCGAAACGCGCUCACAAGAACGUUAGAGGCAACUUAUUAGAGUACAAACACAUCGCAGAAGUGGUUCAAGAAGACGAUACUUUGGAUUUUCUUCGAGAAAUAAUGCCGCGAAAAAUUACCGUUCGACAGUAUAAAGAAAUGAUGGCGAAAAAGAACGCCAGAGGUGACCAAUCGGACGAUGAGUCUAGCGAGCAGUCAAGCGAGGAGGAAACCACCGAGGAAAGUUCCAGUACUGAACAGGAAUGACAAAGGAAGAGACGGAGGCAUUAGAACAAUUAUUGCAAUUUAUGUUGAUUUACAAUGAUAUUGAAUAGCUGUUACGUUAAAAGAUCUUUGAACUAAGUAGUCGUUACUUUUGCUGUUUUCUAAACAUCUGUACUUAUACCUCUACUUUACCAUAUUUAUUCUAAAAGAAUUACUAUUCCUAUGAAAUUUGAUGUAGUAAAAUUACUGGUAGGCUAGAUAGGCUACCAGUAAUUAGAACAGAUGUUCUAAUUGUAUCGAUGGCGAAAGGAUUCAUUAUCUGUGUAAAGUACUCUCCGAUAGUCACCCAGGGUGCCGAUUAUCGCAAAGGAAUGGUAUGUCAUGUGAGGAGGGUCCUUCUGUGCACCUGAAAUCCUCCUUUCGUAUCUGUUCCAUAAAUUGUAUAUUCUGAUUUAUGAACACUGGUUCAUCACCAUUCAUAUUAUGAGAGAUAAAUGUGUUAAAUGUCCAACUGUGUUUAAAUAUUACUGGUGGACAUUACCGCAUCAUCAACCAGUGGCAGAUUUGCCCUAAGGCCCAGUAGGCCCGGGCCUAUCAUAAAGAACCGUUUUAAAUGUUUUAUUUAAAUCUGAAAUGUCCGAAAAUAUUAAAAACUAGCAGUUUAGUUAACUAAAUUUUUAAUUGAUUUCGAUAAAACUUGGCAAUAAAGUAAAUUCAUUAUGUGGUCUGCCAGUAUAUGAUGGGUGCUGAAAAAGGGGCGACAGGUACUGAUUAUAUGGCCUGGGUACAAGACUGCAAAUCCGCCACUGGACUCAUCAUAGACAUGUAUUUCACUAAAAUGGUUGUCAAUGGUCUACAAUGCUUGCCCAUUAACAAACUGGACUUGUUACUAAGUAUCAAAUCACUUAAAUUAUUAGUUUUAUUUUGUCUUUUCAACUUAUUAAUGUACAUCAGUUUGUGAAAUUAAUAAAUGCACCAAGUAUUACUUACUUGGUGCCUGUAAUUAUGUCUUGCAAUGAUUAAAUAAUAUAAUUUGAUGCAACCUUUGUUUCAAAAUGUAUGGUAAGGGUUUACAUUUGCCAUAAGCAUCCGUAAUAAAGGUUUUUUUUUGUUUUAUAUGAAGUAUCAUCAGAACAGAUUAUGCUAAAGAGUGCUAACUAUACUGUAUAUCACACUUCCAUUA